CGUCAAAACAAACGUGAAUAGUUGUGAUGAGCAUGUGUGACUAUUUUAUUUGAGGUUGUUUUAUUACUUAUUGUUAUAGUGAAUAACUCUAGGGAAAUACCUAAAUACACGAAUUGAAUAUGAAACCAAACAAAGACAAAAGAUAUUUCAGCUCUAACGAGGAAACUGUAGAAAAAAAGGCACUCAGCAAUCAGGAUGUAGAAGUCUACAAUAUUAAAAUCACAAAAGCACUGAAAAAUAAGUUUCAAAACAGGAGUACAAAUAAAAUCCAGAAAAAGGUCAUAGAUAAAAAGGAGAAAAAGAAGAAAUUUCCUGGGAAAGCUCCAAUAAAUCCCAAGAGUCUAGAGAGGCACUCACGCGGGGAGGGCUUUGAGGGAAAGGGGGUGAAACAUCCUUUAUACCUUUUGAAACUAAAGAAAAGGGAAAAUAAGUUCCACUAUGCUCAGGAGCAGGCAGCAAGGGCCGAGAUAUUGCUUGCUGGGGAGCAGGGUUAUGUUGAAGUGGAGGAUGAAGGUAAAACAACAGCAAUAUCACAGAAGAUCAUUGCAGACAGUGUUGACAUAUCAACAGCAACCAAGAUCUUUGAUUUGAACCUCGAUUUUGGACCAUAUAGAGUGAAAUACUCUCGCAAUGGAAGACAUUUAUUGCUGGGAGGCAAAACUGGACAUGUUGCAGCAUUUGACUGGGUUACCAAGAAAUUGCACUGUGAAAUUAAUGUCAUGGAAUCUAUUCAUGAUAUCAGCUGGCUUCAUGUAGAAACAAUGAUGGCAGUGGCCCAAAAGGAAUGGUUGUACAUUUAUGACAAUACCGGAAUUGAACUACACUGUAUUAAAAAAAUGGACAAGAUAUUACGGAUGGAAUUCCUCCCAUACCAUUUCUUAUUAGCUGCUGUGAAUGAAUAUGGCUUCAUGAGUUGGCUAGAUAUUUCUAUUGGUGAAAUAGUUGGACAUUACAAUAACCACUUAGGACGAACAUCUGUAAUGGCGCAGAACCCCUACAAUGCCACUUUAUGCUUAGGAAACUCGAAAGGUGUUGUGUCUCUCUGGUCACCAACAGUAAAAGAUCCUUUAGCAAAGAUACUCUGCCACAAAACUCCACUCACUGCUAUCACAGUUGACACUAAAGGAAUGUACAUGGCCACAGCAGGCACAGACCGCAGCCUGAAAAUCUGGGACAUACGGAACCUAGAUGGGCCUAUUCAGCAUUACAAGCUGAGAUCAGCUCCUGUCGAGCUGGAGUUCUCACAGAAAGACAUGUUGGCUGUUGGCUUGGGAGACGCUGUUGAAAUAUACAAUAACUGCUGCACGCAAACAACAGAGAAACCAUACCUUAGACAUCGUAUGGCUAAAACUAUUAGUAAUUUCAAAUUCUGCCCUUACGAAGAUGUCUUAGGAAUUGGAACCAGCAAAGGAUUUACCAGCAUCAUUGUACCAGGAAGCGGAGAGCCCAACUUCGAUGCCUUGGAAAGCAAUCCCUUCCAAACCAAGAGUCAAAGGAAGGAGGCUGAAGUCAAAGCUCUCCUGGAGAAGAUCCCGCCUGAACUCAUCACUCUCAAUCCGUUUGAAGUCAACGAAGUGGACGUGCGAACUCUUCAGGAGCAGAUGGAAGCCAAGAAGAAACUUUUGUAUCUCAAACCCAAGAAGAUUGACGUCAAACCGAGGCACAAAAACAAAGGCAAAACCAAUAUUGCAAGAAAGAAAAUUAUCAAAGAGGCUUCUAGAAAGGAAUACAUUGAGCAAGCUAUUGAAGGACGAAAUCUGUUGGACUUGCCAGAAAAGGUUGACAAACAAGCCAAGUCAUUUGGUGUUCUCGAUAGAUUCGUUUCUAAGCCAAAAUCUAAGAAAUAAAAGGUUUUCCUAUAUUACUUGUAAA